AUGAAACUGAAUAAACUCCUGCUUCAGGGCAAGUUCCUCCAGCUGGAAAUCAAUGAUCCUUAUUCUGGCCCCAUUCUGAUAGAUGAGAAACUAGCAUCUCGCUGUGGCUAUGUCCUGUCAGAAGAUGUAUGGGGCAAUCCUGUCUUCCGUGCAUCAGUCCUUGGCUGUCAUGUGGUCAACGAGGCAGAUGAGCUGUUUUCACUGACUGUGAACAUCAAGGUUUCUUCAUUUUCAAAUAUGAGGGCAGCUGUUACCUACACCUACCCCAUGUACUGCUCCUACUCUUCCUGGGCUUCAAGAGAAAUUGUGUGUGAAGAAAACUACAUGGAGGUGUCAGUGAAAACUGAUGUCCCUUCAGUUUCAAAUGACUACACCGUAGCAUGGAUGUCAGCACUGCCAGAGACUCAAAAUAUUGCAUACCAGCUAUGGCAACUGAUGUUUGUUUCUCCAUCAGGGAGAAAGAGAAUAACGGUAAGCGAUGCAGCAAAGCUAGGCUACAGCUUCAAUAAUACACUGUAUCGAGUGUACCUCCGGGCACCCUACCACAGCAACGAGUCUGACAUCACGACGGUCAGUGGUGUAGAUAUGAACAUGGUCACUUCCACUUCCAUGUACAGGCAGCGCUGGCUGCUUUUGCUGAUUGACACGACUGUCUCCUGUCCUGUUGGUAACCGUUUCUUCCUUGCUCACUAA